UCCUUGCAGUCGCGGCGACGGCUACGAAGGCGACCCAUCUCCCUCUCCUUCGUUUGAAGCCGAGAAGAGAACCCCACUGAGCCCUUAGCCAUGUCGUUCUCGUCGUCCACCGCUUCUAGGGUUUUCAGGGGCUGCAGGGCCCUCCUGGCCCCCGCCAAGCCCGCCGCCGCCGCUGCUGCCGGUGGUGCUGAUGCUGCUGCCGCCGCCGCGAAGGCCUCCAAGGCCGCGGCGAAGCCGAAGCCGAAGAAGGCGGCGAGCGGCGGCGGCGGGGGGGAGGCCUCGCCGAAGGCGCCGAGCCGGCCGUCGGGGAUACAGAAGGUGACCCCCGUCUCGCCGGCGCUCGCCCGGUUCCUCAACGCCGGCGAGGCCUCCCGCGUCCAGGCCGUCAAGCAGAUUUGGGCCUACAUCAAGAGGGAAGGCCUCCAGGAUAGCAUUAACAAGCGAGAGAUUAAUUGUGAUGAGAGGCUGAAGACCCUAUUCGAGGGGAGAGAGAAAGUUGGGUUCCUGGAGAUUGGUAAGCUGCUGUCCCGUCAUUUUGUGAAGACCAGCUGAAGCUGCUUCGGAGCACCGCGUCUUCACGAAUCUCGUCUUUGGAUUAAUACUGUCCAUGGUGCAGCAAUCAUUUUGACUGUGUCGAUGACUUUUCAGGUGUUGUCUCUAACUGUUGUGGCUACCUCUGGUUGUGAUAUUUGGACUUGGUUUCGAACUUUGCUGGACUUUGUAAGAUGUCUUAGGAAAUGAAUUGUUAGGUACUUUUGUGCAA